AUGGAGGCUACAUUCGGCGCCGGCCGGGAUGGGGGAAACGAACGAACGACCCACCCUCGAGAAGACCGGGAAGGAAAGGCCGGGGGCGCCAGCACAGCGGUGCGCGCGCCGCCAACCUGCCGCAAGACCCCGGUGCGGUUGCUGCAGCCGACGGACGCAGCUCCCCCCUGCCCGUCCCCACUCCGGCCCCGCACAUGGUGGAGGCCGCCUACCGGGAACCGGUGGCGGAGGCUGCGGGAAGGAACUCCUCGGCCGGCUCCGGCUCAUCCCUUGGGCGGCGCUGCCGGGGCGACUUCCUGGCCGCCCAAGAUGGCAACGGCGGCGGCGGCUCGUGGUGCAAGCGCUUGGCCGCUGCUGCUUUGGGGGGCCGCCGCUUGGGCGUUGCAGGGCCCGGCCGGGGCCGCGCUGGAGCCGGAGGCGGCGGCGGGGGCGGCGGCCGGGGCGAGCCGGGUGAGGGCGCUGAGCGGGGCCAACUGGAGCCUCCUGCUGCAGGGCCAGUGGAUGGUGCAAUUCUACGCCCCUUGGUGUCCCGCCUGUCAACAGAUGGAAUCGGCAUGGGAGGCGUUUGCAAGAGAUGGCGAAGACCUUGAAAUCUUUGUGGGCAAGGUGGAUGUCACUCAAGAACCAGGUGUAAGUGGCCGUUUCUUCGUCACUACACUUCCUACUAUUUUCCAUGCAAAGGAUGGAGUUUUUCGCAGAUACCGUGGAUCAAGAGCACUAGAGGACCUGGAAGGCUAUAUCCUGGAGAGAAAGUGGGAAGCUGUUGAACCCGUGGCAGGAUGGAAGUCCCCAUCGUCUAUAAUGAUGCAAGGCAUGGCAGGACUCUUCUAUUUAUCUGGAUGGAUCAGGCAGAUCCACAACUACUUAACAGGCACUCUUGGAAUUCAUGAAUGGGGCUCUUACGCAGUCUUCAUACUGGCCACUUUGUUGAUCGGUCUUAUUCUGGGCUUGAUACUGGUUUUGCUCGGAGACUGCAUUUUCCCAUCCAAGGCUAAAGCAGAAGAAUCAGAACCGGUGGACCAAGGCUACGACCAAGUAGAGGAGGAAACCCCAGAAGACACAGAAGGAGAGCCUGUCACAGAAAAGGGCUUGUCCGAUGAAGACGACGAGGAAGAGAGAGAAGACGACGAGGAAGAGAGAGAAGACGAGUCCCCAGACAACUCCUCGGACGACUCGGCGGUCGAAGGCUCCGCGACGGAAGAGGACUCGGAGCACCAGACGUCGGACCAAAGCUCCUUAAGGCAGCGUAAAAGCCAGGAGGCGGCUGAUGAACUAUAGUGCAAUUGUUGGGUUACCUGUAUUGUUUUGGACCAAAGAAGUAUCGGGAGACUCUCCUUGACUGCAGCUAAAGCCAAACGUUUGACCAGCAAACUGUUAAAAAGCUAAAAUCCACGCUUUGCGCUGAUAGGCUACUGUU